GCUCUAUCAAGGCCCCUGAUCGUAUGGUUCUGCGUCUCAAGAUCCCAGAACACUCUAGAUCAUCUGAUCAAGAACAUACUUCAGGAGACAACGAGCGAGGGAUUGAUCGGGAACGUUUACAGCACAGGACUGGCCAUGCAGGCCCUAUCAGUCACCUCCACCAGCUACAACUGUUCCAGAACUAUCCAGACGGUUCUAGAGCGGGCUGGUUCUGGAUCCUUCGAGAACCCCAUGGCUGCCUCUCAGAUCACCCCCUCGCUGGAGAACAGAAACUACCUGGAGCUGAACAAGCUACACUGCGAGGGGAUUCAGAAGCCCCUUCCUGAGUCGAUGUUGCCUCCACCGCACCCCACUGUCCCGGAGGGUGUAAUCACCGUCCACUACAGAGUGGAGAACAGCAUCACUGAAAACACCUUCAAUGACAUCAUCGAUGUGACGGUCCCCGCAGGGUCCUCGCUGCUGCGGGUGAUGGAGGAGGCGGCCAAGAUAUCGCCUGUAAAAUUCAAGUUCACCGUGGAGAAGAGCAGUUGGGGCCCAUUUGUCACCAGUAUCCAAGGGUUAGCUGGGAACGCGGAGGACCGAACAUACUGGCAAUUUCUUACUGGGAAAGACGCUUUGGAGCAAGGAGUUGGUGAUUAUAAACCGUUCAACGAGGAACACAUCGUGGCAAAAUUCUCUAAAUAUUAAUCCCAGAUUUCCAUCUCAUAAUGUCAUGUAUUGGUGGAGGUUAUGUUUAAUUAUCACUUAUUUUAAUCACAUUAUAAUUCAAUUUCCUAAUGGAAUAUCUAUAAUAAUCAAUUGCCAGCAUUGUAAAGCGCAGAGAGGUCUGGUAAAGCAUAGGGAAGCAUUGUAAAGCACAGAGAGGUCUGGUAAAGCAUAGGGAAGCAUUGUAAAGCACAGAGAGGUGUGGUAAAGCACAGGGAAGCAUUGUAAAGCACACAGAGGUCUGGUAAAGCAUAGGGAAGCAUUGUAAAGCACAGAGAGGUCUGGUAAAGCAUAGGGAAGCAUUGUAAAGCACAGAGAGGUCUGGUAAAGCAUAGGGAAGCAUUGUAAAGCACAGAGAGGUCUGGUAAAGCAUAGGGAAGCAUUGUAAAGCACAGAGAGGUCUGGUAAAGCAUAGGGAAGCAUUGUAAAGCACAGAGAGGUCUGGUAAAGCAUAGGGAAGCAUUGUAAAGCACAGAGAGGUCUGGUAAAGCAAAUUUAAAAAUGACAACAAAUAAAUGAAUAAAGGUGUAAAGAAAUCAGCAA